AAUAGUCACAAGAACCGACCCGCCGCCGCCGCUCCGCCGAGAGGAGACUUGUCACAGGCGCCUUGGGGGACCCUGGGAAGCGGCUGCGAUUCCUCCCCUCCGGCCUCGGGGCUUAGGACCAUUUCCUGACUCACGCAGCGCCAGGCACCUCCUUGAGCUGAGCCGGGAGCCGCGCCGCGCCGACCGGAGAGCAGAUGCCCGUGUGUGCGCGCUCGGCCCAGCCCCAACCCAACACACAACCCAAACAGCCCACAACCAAAAUAACAAUACACCCGAGCCACGCUGGGGACACUGACAUGGGCGCUCAGAGCGAGAAGGAGCCGGAGACAUGAGCCAACUCUGAGGACACUUUGGGUUUUUUCCUUCUCUCUUUUUGUUGGUGGAAAACACAAAUUGUAGAUUUUUUUUCUCCCUUUUCCAUUGGCUGCAACUUGGUCUGGAGCCUCGUUAAUUUCACUUGGCGAUGGAUGAGUUCCAUCCGUUCAUCGAGGCGCUGCUCCCCCACGUCCGGGCCUUCGCCUACACCUGGUUCAACCUGCAGGCCCGCAAGCGCAAGUACUUCAAGAAGCACGAGAAGAGGAUGACGAAGGACGAGGAGAGGGCGGUGAAGGACGAGCUGCUGAACGAGAAGCCCGAGGUCAAGCAGAAGUGGGCGUCCCGGCUGCUGGCCAAGCUACGCAAGGACAUCCGGCCCGAGUUCCGGGAGGACUUUGUGCUCUCCAUCACGGGCAAGAAGCCCUCAUGCUGCGUCCUCUCCAACCCCGACCAGAAGGGCAAGAUGCGGCGCAUCGACUGCCUGCGCCAAGCCGACAAGGUGUGGCGCUUGGACCUGGUCAUGGUGAUCCUCUUCAAGGGCAUCCCGCUGGAGAGCACGGACGGGGAGCGGCUGGUCAAGGCGGCCCAGUGCACCAACCCCAUCCUGUGCGUCCAGCCCCACCACAUCAGUGUCUCCGUCAAGGAGCUCGACCUCUACCUGGCCUACUUCGUCCGCGAGAGAGAUUCGGAGCAAAGCAGCAGUCCGAGGACAGGGAUCGGCUCAGACCAGGAGGACAGCAAACCGAUCACAUUGGAUACGACAGACUUCCAGGAGAGCUUUGUCACGUCGGGGGUAUUCAGCGUCACAGAGCUCAUCCAGGUCUCCCGAACACCGGUGGUGACAGGCACAGGGCCAAACUUCUCUCUGGGUGAGUUGCAGGGUCAUCUGGCCUAUGAUCUGAACCCCUCGAGCACUGGCAUGAGACGGACGCUCCCCAGCACCUCGUCCAGCGGGAGUAAACGACACAAGUCUGGCUCCAUGGAGGAUGACAUAGACACGAGUCCGGGGGGCGAGUACUACACCUCGCCCAGUUCGCCCACGAGCAGCAGCCGCAACUGGACAGACGACAUGGAAGGGGGCAUCUCCCCUGUGAAAAAGACGGAGAUCGACAAAUCGCCCUUCAACAGCCCGUCGCCCCAAGACUCCUCCCCGAGGUUGAGCUUCACCCAGCAUCACCGUCCGGUCAUCGCCGUGCACAGCGGUAUCGCUCGAAGCCCACACCCUUCAUCUACUCUGCAUUUCCCCACCACUUCAAUCCUCCCCCAGGCGGCCUCCACCUACUUCCCCCACACGGCCAUACGGUACCCGCCUCAUCUCAACCCGCAGGACCCUCUGAAAGAUCUCGUCUCACUGGCCUGCGACCCGUCCAAUCAGCAGCCUGGACCGUGUCCCCAGUUAAAUGGAAGUGGUCAAGUGAAAGUGCCCAGUCACUACAUUUCCACCCAGAUGCUGGCGCCGCCACCUCCCCCUGGCAUCCCCCGGCUGGCUCUCUCUCCUGACACCAAAUCCACCACGACAACUUCCGAGGGCGGGACAACCUCACCGACAUCACCCACCUACUCUGCACCCGGCACGCCCCCUGCGAAUCGUUCCUUCGUGGGAUUAGGACCAAGGGAUCCGGGGAGUAUGUACCAGGCACAGGGUCCCCUCCCCUGGAGGGGUGUCCUCAGUGCGAGAGGAUACCAGGACAUCUUCUGGAAGGAGGCUCUCAACUACAGGACUCAGUUUCCCUCUGUUCUCCGUCCCCGAGACUUUCACCCUCCCCAACAGCACAGAAGCUGCCAGACUGGGGCUGGGCCUGCUCUGCUGUGUCCCGGAAAGCCUGGUCUGUGUCCCUGGCUGUCUCCCUGAGCUCCUCCGGUUCAGUCACUCUGGUCUCCAGAGCCCAUACUCAGCGCCCGAGGGCCAGGAGCUGCAUGCACCAAAUAUUCAUGUACACCGCCUGCUCGGAUGUGCUGCGUUGAGGGCAAUAAACUGGAUACCCCCCCACCCA